AGUCCUAAUCUAUUGUUAUAAAUAUUCGCCCUUCUCCUCAACUUCAGUUUUGGAUUUUUACUACUUCACUUCAUCCGCCCAACGCUAGCCCAACCCGAAGUCCAAUGUUGGGCUCUCUCCUACUUCUCGCCCCCCUUGCUGGGGCGGCCGUGAUUGGAUCUCGAGCGGAUACGCAACCAUGCCCUGGAUAUAAGGCAUCCAAUAUCCAGCAAAAUGAUCGGUCUUUGACGGCCGACCUGACCCUCGCCGGCCAGCCGUGCAACACCUAUGGCACGGACCUGCAGAACCUCAGGCUCCUGGUCGAGUACCAAACUGAUGAGCGUCUUCAUGUUAUGAUCCAUGACGCCGAGGAAUGUGUCUAUCAAGUGCCUGAGAAGGUCCUCCCUCGUGUUGACGGUGGCGAUGGCUCCCGCAAAGAUUCUCAACUCAAGUUCGAGUAUAAGGAGGAGCCCUUCUCUUUUGCUGUUAAACGAGACGGCGAAGUACUAUUUGACAGCUCUGCAUCGAAUCUCAUCUUUCAGUCACAAUACCUGAAGCUUCGUACUUGGCUUCCCGAGAAUCCAAAUCUGUAUGGUCUCGGCGAGCAUUCAGACUCUUUGCGCCUUUCCACAACCAACUACACACGUACCUUCUGGAACCGUGAUUCCUAUGGCAUCCCCGAAAACAGUAAUCUCUACGGCACCCAUCCGGUAUAUUACGAUCAUCGUGGCGAAUCCGGGACUCACGGUGUAUUCUUGCUGAACUCUAACGGCAUGGACGUUUUUAUCGACAAGACAAAGGACGGCAAGCAAUACCUGGAGUACAACUCUUUAGGAGGUAUUUUUGACUUCUAUUUCUUUACUGGCUCGAACCCCAAGGAGGCCAGCAUUGAAUAUUCUAAAAUCGUUGGUCUUCCUGCUAUGCAGAGUUACUGGACUUUUGGACUUCAUCAAUGCAGAUAUGGCUACCGUGAUGUCUAUCAAGUUGCCGAGGUGGUCUAUAACUAUAGUAAGGCUGGUAUCCCGCUAGAGACGAUGUGGACAGACAUCGAUUAUAUGGACCGAAGGAGAGUUUUCUCCCUCGACCCAGAACGCUUCCCACUUGAAAAGAUGCGCGAACUCGUAGGUUACCUCCACGACCACGAUCAACAUUACAUUGUUAUGGUUGACCCUGCUGUGAGCGUGAGUGACAACGGGGCGUUCAACAGGGCUUCAGAGAAGGGUGUCUUUCUCAAGACCCAGAAUGGCAGUAUAUAUGAAGGAGCUGUGUGGCCUGGUGUGACCGCUUAUCCGGAUUGGUUUCACCCUGACAUUCAAGACUAUUGGAAUUCUGAAUUCGAUAUUUUCUUCGACGCUGAUACCGGUGUCGACAUUGACGGCCUGUGGAUCGACAUGAACGAAGCUUCCAAUUUCUGCCCGUAUCCCUGUACUGAUCCAGAGAAGUACUCAUCUGAGAAUAAUCUUCCACCUGCGGCGCCACCUGUCCGGUCAAGCAACCCUCGUCCGUUACCCGGCUUCCCUACGGACUUUCAGCCUUCCUCUGCAAGUCAAUCUCGCAAGAGGAUAUUCAAGGCGAAGCUUGGCCUUGAAGGGCGCGAACUGAUCGACCCGCCAUACAAGAUCCGAAAUGAUGCCGGGUCUCUAAGUAAUAAGACGAUCAACACGAAUAUCAUCCACGCCGGCGAAGGGUAUGCGGAGUAUGAUACACAUAACUUAUAUGGAACAAUGAUGAGCUCCAGUUCCCGUAAAGCUAUGCAGCAUCGUCGCCCUGGUGUGAGACCUCUGGUUAUUACCCGCAGCACCUACGCGGGUGCAGGACGAGAUGUUGGGCACUGGCUCGGUGACAAUGCCAGCAAGUGGGCCCACUACCGGGUUUCCAUCGCUCGAGCGCUUGCUUUUGCAUCGAUGUUCCAGGUCCCCAUGGUUGGAUCUGAUGUCUGUGGGUUCGGCGGUAACACGACCGAAGAGCUGUGCGCCCGAUGGGCUUCUCUUGGGGCUUUCUUUACCUUUUACCGCAACCACAACGAGCUCGGAAGCAUUGGUCAAGAAUUCUACGUCUGGCCCACCGUAGCGAAGUCCGCUCGCAAGGCGAUUGAAAUCAGAUACCAGCUUCUCGACUACAUAUACACUUUGUUCUACAAGCAGACUCAGACCGGCGAGCCAUUCUUGCAGCCGAUGUUCUACUUGUACCCUGAGGACGAGAACACCUUCUCCAAUGACUUGCAGUUCUUCUAUGGAGACGCUAUUCUCGUCAGCCCGGUCCAGGACAAAGGCCUUACCUCGGUCGAUGCGUACUUCCCUGAUGACAUCUUCUACGACUGGUACACAGGUGCGCCUGUGCGCGGCCACGGCGCCAACAUUACUCUUCGCAAUAUCGACAUCACUCACAUUCCCCUGCACGUCCGCGGAGGCAGUAUCAUUCCUAUCCGGUCAUCAAGCGCCAUGACCACGAAAGAACUUCGCGAGAAGGGCUUCCAGCUUAUCAUCGCUCCGGGACUGGAUGGUACCGCUUCGGGCAGUCUGUACUUGGACGAUGGAGACUCGUUGGAGCAGAAAGCCACCCUGGAAGUUGAGUUCGAGUACCGCAAGGGCGUGCUUCAUGUUGACGGGAAGUUUGAGCUUCACGCCAAUGUGCUGGAGUCCGUCACUCUUCUGGGACAGGACAUGCGAGGCUCACGGGCUCGUUCCGAGGCUCGUUCUAAGAAGACGAUUCAGACAAACUUGGAGCUCUCAAAGCCGACAGAGAUCAAAUUGGAGUAGAUGGGUGACACGUUGGGUUAGUAUGGAGGUAACCACUUUUGACCGUCAAGUUUCCACUUUUACGUCCGCAAUCAUAUUUUUAUCGUAUCUUGAA